AUGUCUUCAGACAAAGAAACCGAAGUCCCCUUCACCCAGUUCGCCUGUAUCGGCACAGGCUUCUCAGGCAUAGCUCUCGGGGCUACCAUCCAACGAUGGUACAGCAUCUCGCCCUCAUCCAUCCAAUUCUUUGACUCCCAACCGUGUGUUGGUGGGACAUGGUCCAUCAACCAAUACCCAGGCGCAGCCUGUGACGUCCCCUCAGCUCUCUACUCCUUCAGCUUUGAGCGCAACCCAAACUGGACCAGAUUCCUCCCUCCCCACGAUGAACUCCGCGCCUAUCUCACCAAAGUCGCCGAGAAAUACAACCUCGUCCCGCGCAUGAAGUUCAACACCAAAGUCACCAAAGCAGAAUGGAUCCCCUCCCCUACCAACCCCCGAUGGCGGCUGACGAUCCUCGACCUCGAAACCAACCUCACUUCCCACCACGAAUGCCAGUUCUUGUUCUCCGGCUCAGGCCAAUUCAACUCCCCCCGCCCCUUGGACGUCCCCGGACUCGACUCCUUCCAAGGUCCGGUAAUCCACUCCGCCCGCUGGGACCACUCCGUCUCCCUCCACGACAAAAAGGUGGUAGUCUUUGGAAACGGCUGCACCGCCGCCCAAAUCGUCCCCUCCAUCCUCUCCUCCACAGCCCACCUCACCCAAAUCGUCCGCUCCAAACACUGGAUCUACCCCCCCGUCGACGCCAAAGUCUCCCCCUUUGCCAAAAAGCUUCUGGCAAGCAUGCCCGGCGCCACGCUCCUUCAACGCUUCAUAGUCUACCACCUCGCCGAGGCCGACUGGGCCGGCUUCACCCUCACCCCCUCGGCGGCCUCCUUCCGGUCCAGACGCAGGAAGAUGGCGGAAAAGUACAUGAAAACCACCGCUCCGGAGAAAUACCACCCCCUCCUCGUCCCCGAGUUCGAAAUCGGGUGCAAGAGACGCGUCUUUGACUCCGGCUACCUGGAAUGUCUCCACUCGGAAAAGAUAACCCUCACCAACGACAAGGCAGUCGAGAUCUUACCUCACGGGGUGAAAAUGGCUGAUGGACGGGUGGUGGAGGCGGAUGUGCUGGUCUUGGCUAAUGGCUUUGAGACGAACACACCCACGACACUCUUGCCGGUUGUUGGUACGGGGGGCCAUACCCUCCAGGAGCAUUGGAGUGAGACAUUUCCUGGUCCGGAGGCGUACAAUUGCACUUCGUUGCAUGGGUUUCCCAACUUCUUUUUGCUGUGGGGGCCGAACACGGCUACGGGGCAUACUUCGGCUGUGAUGGCGAUUGAGAACGGGGUUAACUUCGCGUUGAGGGUUAUCAAGCCUUGUUUGGAGGGGAGGGCGUCGGUUGUUGAUGUGACGGAGCAGGCGGAGAGGGAGUUUGUUGAGCGGGUUCAGGAGGCGUUGGGGAAGACGGUGUUUACGAGUGAGACUUGCAAUAGUUGGUAUACAGCUCGAGACAGGGAGACGGGGAGGGUGUGGAAUGGGAUGACGUAUCCGUGGAGUCAGGCAAGGUAUUGGUGGGAUUGUAUGAUGAUCAAGAAGGGGGAUUGGGUUUAUAGUUCGAGUAUCGUCAAGAGGAGGAGGCCCGGAUUGUGGUUCACCGCUUUCGCCGUGAUGGCCUCGGGUGGGCUGCUUGCAUGGGUUGGAAAGAACCCGAAUUCUCGUUUGGCGCUGGCAUUGGCUGGGUCAAGGUUUGCUGCUGUCGUGCCUGUUCUGAGGACAUGGGGAUUGGGUGUGAUCGGACGAAAGGGGCUGAACUGA